AUGAGUUCACCGAAAAAAGUCGAGAGUCCCAUUAUUGGGUAUAUACAUAAACUUUCAAAUUUAAAACAAGGGAAAAAGACCCGUUGGUGCGACAUGGAACUACAAAUGAAGGAUAAGAGAAUGAGAGUUGUUUGCUUCUCCAAAGUCAAACGUGACAUCUUCGAGGCGAAGCAGCAGACGCUUACUCCGGUCAAAAUGAGCAACUAUAUCAUCAGCAAAGGCUUCCAGGGUAACGAAGAGAUUCUGGUUAACGACAUGACAAGUGUGGUUUCGCCGGCCCCUUCAGAAUAUGGCUUCCAAUAUAUUGCUGAUAAACAACCGGAAAUUGUGCCUCUAAACGAGGUGAAGGAGAACAUCCAGGCGGGCGAGAAAGUAGCCGUAAAGGGCAGAAUCAAGAAAGGAAGCAAUGUAGAGCGUGUUGGCGCCAGGAAUCUACGAAUGCUCAAAAAUACAAUAUUUGAUGGAACAAGCACCCUUUUCUUGACGCUUUGGGAGAAUGAAAUCGAUAGCAUUUCCGACGACAGAGUGUAUAUCCUGAGUAAUGUAAACGUAAAAGUGAACGACCUUGUUAAAACGCUUUCAACUACACAGCAAACAAUAUUUUCUGAAGUUGACGAUGAUGAUAUGGAGGGGCUCGAUGAUUCGGUAGCAAUCCAGAUGCUGGAAAGAUCCGACGAAACCGUGGUGCUUGUGGAAGCCUUCAGGUCGGUAGAUAAAUAUCGUUGUUGCGUCCAUUGUUCAAAAAAGCUUACGCCUGGCCUAGAAACAAAAAUUGUAAAAUGCACUCGUUGUUUUCGUAGAAUGCAACUUCAAGACUGCGAAUUAAAUGUUUGUUGUCGAGUUUCCGCUAAAUCCAAAGCAGAUUGCACUGAAAUACAACUUUCCAUAUUUGCUGAUGUUCUGUCAAUCUUACUUGGUACACAGAAUGUGAGUGAACUGUCAGAAGACCACAUAUCGGAGAAAUUGUUAGAUUUGCAGGACAUCGAAGUCCCAUUUAAGGAAGACAUUACGGAUUGUAAAAUGUAAGCAUAUAUACAUUUGUUAGAACUUGAUAUUUUGAUUUGUUGCAUUGACAUUUUAUAAGUAGUUAAUUUUAGCAGUUACUUCGAUAUAAAGUUGGUUGUAAAAUCUGACAUAGCGAACUUUAUAUUUACAUUAUAUGUGAAAGAACCGUCAGAAAACGACAUAUCGGAGCAAUUUCAAAUGUCGCGCUUCUCAUGUGCAGAUCGCAAACUUAAUUUGCAUUAAGUUUGGUAACGCCAACGGACAAAAUGCAUACAAUUUGCACAUGAUAAGCGCAGCGUUUGAACUAAGGGCCUUAACUGCAUGUAAGCAUUGAGAGUAGAACUUGAGUUGACAUUUUAAGCGUUUUACAUAGCGAACUCAUAAACUGAUAGCCAUGAGGUAUAUUUAUAGCACUAGAGAGUAGAGUAGAUUUUAUAUUCAUUCUGAUUUUGUAAUUCACGUUGUUCUGCAUGUGAUAAUAAUAAAUCUAUAAGGAAAUAUGUUGGGUUUUUUUACUCGAUCUUUAAGGUAUCUAUACGACUAUUUUUCUGUUUCAGAAUACGACAGUGCUCAUUAAGAAGCCCGGGAUUCCAAUUAAUAAAUGGCAGGCAUGGUUCUAACCAUGCCUUGCUUAUAAACAGGCCUCGUCCCAACGGGUCUCGUCCCAAUGGGCCUCGUCCCAAAAUUUAUCUAAAACUUCAGCAGUUUUGCCGUUCUGUUACAAUUGAAAUUCAAAACAUCCUUUCACGCUUCAUUACUGCUUGUUUACAAAUUCAAACAAUACAAUUUCGUAAAGAAAUUACUAAUCUACCGCCAGGAGGGCCGGUUACAAGAAUCAUGCGAAAGAGAAAAAAUUGGCAGAAAAUGAAACAGCUUAAUGUAGGAUUUAGACAUUCAAUGGCUAAGUCUUCAAGUUUGUAUUAUUUAACUGCUCACUACGAGGAGAAUUAUUUUGAAUUUGUAGAGAGGCAAAAUCUUUUUACGUACACUGUCCCACUUUUUAGUAAACAGUCGUGCAGUAUAGAAAGGACCAAUUUCACAGUGGUAAACGCUUUUAAAGGUGUAUUUGGUAAUUAUAUGACUCAAAUAAAUUUGGUUUGUUGCAAUAAUCGAUACUGCGUCUCUGAUAAAAAGUUAUUGCUGUCUGGUGAUAUAGAGUUAAAUCCAGGCCCUUCAGCCAUUUAUACAACAAACACGAACGGUUCAGAAAAGUUACCUGCAAAUGUUGUAUUAGAAAAUAGAUUACAUGAGCUUGGAUUGAGACCACUAGAUGUUGGCGGUGCGGGUGACUGCUUUUUUAGAUCAAUUUCUCAUCAAUUAUAUAGUGAUUCAAGCCAUCAUCUAGAUAUUUGAGCUGCAGGUGUCCAAUAUAUGAGAGAAAAUCCAGAGAGAUUUAUUGAAAGCAAUAUUGAGAAUUCUUGGGGGCACUACCUUACAAAUAUGUCUACACCGGGAACAUGGAGUGAUCAUUUAGUGAUACAAGCUGUUGCGGACAUUCUGAAUUUAAGAAUUUAUAUAAUAGAAUCUGAUGAGAACUUUGCUGCAUUUAAUGUGGUAGAAGCUGUAACGCCACCACAGCAACCAUCUGUUGUUUAUAUUGGUCAUGUAGGUGAAUAUCAUUAUAUAUCAACCUUGCAAUACAAUGAAAUAGCACACUUAGAGCAACCAAAUAAAAUAACAAACCUCACUAACGUGUGUUUAUGUGUUGAAAAUCUUGGUGCGAACUACAAGACAGUAGUGAACGAAAAUAAGAAAAGGAACUGUAAGAAUAUAGAAAGCAAUGCUAGCAAGAAAAAGUACAUCAAAAAGAAUAGUUUAAAUGAAACAUCUUUAUAUAAGCAGAAAAAAGGAGCGUAUAGAAAAGAAUGUAGGAAAAAGAUAAGAUCUGCUAAAACCUCCCAGGAUAAAAAGAAAAAUCUUGAGUAUAUGAAAGAAUAUAUGAGAAAGAAAAGGUCUGCUCAAACCUCUGAGGGUAAACAGGAAAAUUGUGAAUAUAGGAAAAAGAUAAGGUCUGCUCAAACCCCUGAGGAUAAACAGAAAAAUCGUGAGUACAUGAAAGAAUAUAUGAGAAAGAAAAGGUCUGCUCAAACCUCUGAGGGUAAACAGAGAAAUUGUGAAUAUCUAAAAAAAUAUAUGAGAAAGAAAAGGUCUGCUCAAACCUGAGGAUAAACAGAAAAUUCGUGAGUAUAUAAAAAACUAUAUGAGAAAGAAAAGGUCUGCUCAAAUCUCUGAGGAUAAACAGAAAAAUCGUGCAGAGUAAAUAGGUACGCAGUGCGUACAUGUUGCAUGCCAUCUGAAACUUAUGCGCUACAGCGUUUACAUAAACCUUUGGUACAACUGGCGUGAAACUUAAAAUAUUGAUCAUUCAAUAAGUUUAAAAUAUCAAUAUAUUUAUUGAAAAAUAGCUAUUAUGUCAAAAUAAGAAAACUUAAGAUUCUCACGCGAAUUAGCAUACCCCCAGCAGAAACACGCGAAUAGGCAAUGUUUUUAUAAGCGACCGUUAAGCGACCGUGCAAGCGACGGUAAUAAUAACAAUAACAAGGACAAGGUGGGUCAAGGUUUUAUCAAAUUUAUAACUAAAUAAUGUUAUUUCCUUUAAAUUUAGCUUUAUUGUAACUUUUUAAAGAUGCUGUCAAGUCCGUUUUGCGGUUCUGCUCAUAACAAAGGGGGACCCACAGAUGUAAACAUUGCCCAAAUUUCGCAUCUUUUGAACUUUUUCUGAAUUGAAACUCUGGUUUAUAUUCAUUUACGAGCAUACUAAACCAGAACAGUGUUAUAUAUUCAGUUAGUAUAUCAUAUUUUACAAAUAUAGCAGUUCGAAAUGUAAACAAAGCGUUUGUUUACAUUACGGACUUGACAGCACCUUUAAAGGUAUAAAAAACCGUGAAAACGGUGAAUUACUAUAAUAGAUUGAAAAUGAUUAUUAUUGAUCAUUUUGACGUUUGAGUGAUUGAAAUGAGUUUAUUUACACUAUAGUAUAUCGAAUGUCAUGUUGAAUGUCAUGUUGAAUCUUAUGCGUACUUCACAAUGGUUGCUAUUUCGUUGUAUAAUUGUAUUAAAUUUCAAAAUAUUUAUAAUUCAAAUUUUGUUUGAUAUUUAUAUAUCAUGUUAUUUACAAAAUGUGCUGUAGUUUUGAAGCUUUGCACACAAUAUAAUCAGUGCGAGCACAAUGGCCCCGUUUUAGUUUGAGUAUAUAAAAAUCGAGUAUUUUGAUAGCGUUCGCGGCUUUGAGGCUUUCACAAUAUAUAAAUAUAAACGCCCGAUAAUUGAUAAAUAUAAAUCAGUGCGAGCACAACGGCUCCAAAAUAACAACAAAUAACAGAAUAUAAGAUAAGCUAAAAACAGUAAAGCUUUACCUACCUCGAUUUACUUUUCUAAAGCGCUCAAUUAUGUAAAUUUUCGGCGAAUAAUCAACUCUUUGCGUUACCUCGACGAAAACCAGGCAUGAAAAUGCUCGUCGGAAAAACUCGGUAUUUGUCGUAUUUUACGAACCUGCCACGUGACUGGUAUGCUCACCGCUCACCACCGCUCACCGCGACACGAAAUUUAGAGCUAUAUGAAAGUUGCAUGCCAUAUAUGGCAUGCAACAAAAACUAUAUGAGAAAGAAAAGGUCUGCUCAAACCUCUGAGGAUAAACGGAAAAAUCGUGAGUGUAGGAACGAAUAUAGGAAAAAGAAAAGUCUGCAGCUUCAGCUGAUCAGAAUAAGCAUAAGGAACACUCGCUAAAAAAACUGAUUUCCAAGUUUCAUGAUAUUGUCUCAAAUGGACCAAUUUACAUAUGUACCUGUUGCGAUCAACUAUGGUAUAAGCAUAGCGUGUUCAAUGCCGCACGAAUCAGGCAAAGUAACCCAACUAUUCAAAAGCACUUACUGGGUAAAAGAAGUGUUGAUAAUAUUGAAUGGCUAUGCAGAACAUGUCGAGAUUACUUGGCAAAAAAUAAAAUUCCACGAUGCGCUGCCGUAAAUGGGAUGCAAUUUCCUUCAAAACCAGCAUUUUUUUACCUGAAUGAACUAGAAUGUAGAUUACUUGCUCCUAGAUUAGCAUUCCAAAAACUAAUGCAAGCCCCAAGAGGAAAACAGCUAAAAAUUAGCGGCAACAUUGUUAAUGUACCUGCAGAUAUAGCAAACACUGUUGGCAUGUUACCAAGGUUGCCGAAUGAAACUGGAACCAUUAAAGUGAACCUAAAGAGAAGAUUGCAAUACAAAAGUUCGGCUUUGUCACUCAAUGUAAGACCAAACAAAGUACUAGAAGCAGCCAAAUGGCUUGUAAAUAAUGGUGACCUUUACAAAGAAGAAGGUAUAAUUCUCAAUGAUACUUGGCUCGAGGAUAACUCUAAUAUUAUCUAUGAUGAAAGAAAUACUGAAAAUCUUUCGCGGGAGGAAUUAGUAAAAAUGGACUGUGACGAUGUAGAUAUUAGUAAGAUACAGCAAACACCUAAUGAGGAAGAUUCCUGGAGUGAAGACGAGGCAGAAAUACCUGCUGGAGUCACUAACACUAUGUUAACAUCUCCAGAUUUUCUCACUGGAAAUGAACGUCAGCAUAUUCUAAAUGUCACACCUGGUGAGGGCAGUAGGCCUAUGAGUAUAUUUAGGGAUAAAUAUUCAGAGGAAUUAGCAUAUCCUGGUAUAUUUGUUGGACAGAAGCGACCAGAUAAUAGAAAUAGACUAACUGAUGUCCAUUAUAGUGACAUUUGCAAAUCUGAAGUAAGAAGCUAGGUCUGACCGAAGGGCUGCAAUGUGUGUAGAAAAUAUUUUGUUUAAGACUAAGAAAUUACAAAUGAAGAUUUUGCUUGGGCAAUCACAAGUUGCACUGAGAAAAUGUCAACGAAAUAGCGGCACAAUCACUGCCGGUCAACUAAAACAACCAGGUGCAUUAGAUAACAUGAUUCAUCAAGAUCAAGGAUUUAGAUUUUUGAGAGCAUUAAGGGGUUCACCUCCAUAUUUUGAAAAGGCUAAAAAGGAUAUAUUUGCAAUGAUAAGGCAGUUAGGACCAGCUUCAUUAUUCUGUAGUUUCUCUUCUGCAGAAACACAAUGGAUUCAUCUACUCAGAAUACUUGGUAAGCUUGUUGAUAACAAAGAAUACACUGACGAUGAACUUGAGAACCUCAAUUGGGAACACAAAAGCAGGUUAAUUCAGAGUGAUCCAGUGACAUGUGCUAGGCAUUUUGAUUAUCAAGUACAAAAGUUUUUGCAAAACUUUCUUUUAAGGGAAGUUUCGCCUCUAGGGAAAAUUGUAGAUUGGUUUUACCGAGUUGAAUAUCAACAAAGAGGAUCGCCUCAUAUUCAUAUGUUAAUAUGGCUAGAAAAUGCUCCCGCAUUUGGUGAAGAUUUAGAUUGUGUUGUUGUUUCAUUUAUUGAUAAAAUAAUCACGUGUGAAAAGCCAACUGGGGAUAAAGAAUUACUUACACUUGUAAACAGACAGGUUCAUCGUCAUUCUCACAUGUGUCGAAAGAAAUCCAAAAGUGUAUGUCGUUUUAAUUACCCACAACCACCAAUGCAGUCAACUAACAUUUUAUAUCCAUUAGAUACUGAUAUCGAUGAUAAUGAACUUAAACAACAUAAAGAUGCUUGGAAGUUAAUUAAGAAGUAUCUGAAUGACAUGAAAGAGGGGGAAGACAUUACAUUUGACCAGUUGCUGGUAAAUCUUAAACUGACAGAACAAAAUUAUGUGUUGGCGAUUCGAUCCAGCCUUAAGGCUCCAACUAUAUUCUUAAAAAGAAAACCGAACGAAUUAAGGAUUAAUAAUUAUAAUGCUGCAUGUCUCAGUGCAUGGCGCGCAAAUAUGGAUAUUCAGUUUGCACUCGAUGUAUAUGCAUGUGCAAUGUACAUUGUAUCAUAUAUAUCCAAAGCCCAAAAAGGCAUGAGUGAGCUGUUGAGAACUGCUUGUGAAGAAGCAAGAAGGGGAAACUCCACUAUUAAACAACAAGUGAGAGAUAUUGGAAAUACGUUUUUGAACAAUGUUGAAAUAAGUGCGCAAGAAGCAGUCUACAUAGUACUGCAACUUCCAAUGAGAAAAUCGUCUCGUCAAGUUGUAUUUAUAAAUACUUCACCUCCUGAGGAUAGAGUUCAAUUGCUUAAACCAAUGCAAGAAAUCAAUGAUAUGGAAGAUGAUUCCGAUGAGGUCUAUGCAUCUGGUUUAAUAAUGCGUUACACAAAACGACCAGUCAAACUUGAAAAUUUAUCACUUGCUGAUUGGGCUGCAUGGUACGACGCUUGUGGUAAACCACACAUCAAAACUUCAUGUGAACUAGAUAUUGAUAACUAUCCACUUGAGACAAACAUUAUGGAAGAUAAUGACGAUGUGAAGGGAGAUUGUGAACAAAAGAAUAAGAAAAGAUCUAAAGCUAGAAUAAUUCGAAGUGUUUGCUUUAAUAAGAACAUUGAUUCUGAAAAGCAUUUCCGAGAACUUAUAAUGUUGUUCACAUCAUGGAGGAACGAAAAAUCUGACUUAUUAGGAAAUUGUCCUUCUUACAAAGAGCGCUAUUUACAAGUUAAAAAUGCAAUAGAUCAACAAAUGAAACAGUAUGCUAUUUGUAGUGAAGACCUGAAUGACAUCCAACAACAGCUUAAUAAUAUGGAAGAUAAUAAUGAUAACUAUGACCUUAUUGCAUCAGGAACGCAAAAUAUUGAGCGCCAAGAUGAAUCUGAAGGUACACAAGACCUUCAUUCAGACUUGAAUGCAAACUAUGACCUUUCUGGUGAUCUUGGAAUUCCUUCAAAUGCAUCAAAUACUGAACACCUAAUAUUACAUGAAGAACAGGAUGAUGUUUAUAGAGGUAUGGUACAAAAACUUAACAAAAAACAAAAAGAAUUUUUCUAUCAUGUGUUACACCUUAUUAAAACUUCUGAUAAUCCAUUCUACUGUUUUCUCAGUGGAGGAGCUGGAGUAGGCAAGUCGCAUCUCACUAAAUGUUUAUAUCAAGCAGCAUUGAAGUAUUAUAAUACAAGAGCGGGUGAUGAUUUCCAUCAACUAAAAUUAUUAAUGCUUGCUCCAACUGGCAAAGCAGCUUUCAACAUUAAAGGUAACACAAUUCAUAAUGCACUUGCAAUACCAGCAUGCCAGUCCUUAAAAAACUACAAACCACUUGACUCGAGCAGGCUAAACACUUUACGAUGUCAACUUGGUGGUUUAAAGCUAAUAUUUUUGGAUGAGAUCUCAAUGGUCGGUAGUACGAUGUUUAAUGUUCAGAUAAAUAACAGACUGAAAGAUAUCAAAGGGAGUAAACAAGACUUUGGUGGUGUAAGCGUAGUUGCAAUUGGUGAUCUAUUUCAACUACAACCUGUAAUGGAUAGGUAUAUAUUUAAGAAUCUAGACAAUUCAGAAUAUGCAAUUCUUCCUCCUAAUAAAUGGCAAGAUUACUUUAAUAUGUUUGAAUUGGAAGAAAUAAUGAGACAGAGAGAGAGCAAAGUAUUUGCUGAAAUAUUGAACAGGUUGAGAGAAGGCAAGCACACAAAAAAUGAUAUUUUAAAACUCAAAGAAAGAUUAAUAAAGGAAAAUAGCAUACACGAGCCAAUGGAUGUGCCCCAUUUGUUCAUACAAAAUCAGAAGGUAAACAAAUUCAAUGAAAAGGUCCAUAAUGCCGCAACUGGGGAAAAGUUUACCAUUAAAGCUGUGGACAGUGUCAUAGGAGCUAACUCGGCUCAACUUCGAGAUAAAAUUUUGAAUACCAGAUGA